GUGCUUCUUCUGCUGCCCCUGCUGUCUCCACCAUGUCGCCCCAGCUCCCCCUCCACUUGGCCAUUCGCCCCUUGAACAUUUGCGACGCCGAGCAGGUCUUGCGCCUCGAGAAGAAGGGUUUUUCCAAGAGCGAGGCCUGUUCAGCAGAGGGCAUCAGGUACCGGUUGCUCGCUUGUCCAGAGCUCUGCUCAGGCAUCUUCAUCAGAAGGUUCUCCUCCAAGUACGCCCAGUUCGAUAAGGACCUUGAAAACGACCUCGAUACCACUGUCACUCAGAACUACAGCUCCAAACCAAUCCGCAACGUCGACUUGGACUACUUGCCUGAUGAAAAGUCCUCUACUGUUGAGGAAAAGUUGAUAGGCCACAUCAUGGCCACCAAGAUCAAUGGCGAGUUUAUCACCACAGAAUCCAUGGCUCUCCCCAAAGACGAUAACGACGCCAUAAAUGGCCACCAGGAAUCCUCCAUAACCAUUGGCCUACACUCCUUGGUCAUAGAUCCAGAAUACAGAGGCAAGCACCUAGGCAUCCUUCUUCUCCACGACUACGUCCAGAAAUUGAGCAACCAAAGAGUUGCAAAGUACCUUACCUUACUUUGCAAAAAAAAAUUGAUUCCCUUUUAUUCAAAAUUGGGUUUUGCUGACUUGGGUCAAAGUGAUUGUAAAUAUGCUGGUUUUGAAUGGAAUAACAUGAGAUUGAUACUAGAACCAGAACAAGACUAUUGAUUCCAACUUCAAUCAACAUCAACAUCAACAUCAACGUCAAUGUCAAUAUCAAUAUCAAUAUCAUUAUAAUUAUAAUUAUAAUUAAAAUUGAAAUUAAAAUAAAAUUAAAAUCACAAUUGCAAUUGCAAUUACCAUUAUAAUCAAAAUCAAAUUGUA